ACGCAGGCAGGCAAGUCUCAUACCUGAAGAAGACAAGCUCUCUCUCUGUCUCUCUCAAUCUACCACUGUAUAUAUAAGUGUGUAUAUAUAUAUAUAUAGCUUCAAAUCAAGGGGAGGCUUACCAGUCGGCAAAUCAUGGACCUGACGUCCUCCGUGGAUCUCGAUCUCACCAUCGGCUCCCUUCGGUUCGACGGCGAGAAGCUCUCCGUGGAAGAAAAUAAGAAGGAGGCAUUGGAGGCCGAGCUCGGCCGCGCCAACGAGGAGAACAAGAGGCUGAAGGAGAUGCUCUCGGACAUGGCGGCCAGCUACAGCACGCUUCGGAGUCACAUGACUGGGGUGGUGAUGCCCAAGACCUCGUCAUGCAAGAGGGACGAUGCGAGGAGCAGCUCAAGCGAGGAGUCGUCCAAGCGGGUUAAGGAGGAAGAGCGUAAGCCGAAGGUUUCGAAGCUGUACGUUCUCACUGAUCCAUCGGAUUCGAGCCUCGUGGUCAAAGAUGGGUAUCAAUGGCGGAAAUAUGGUCAGAAGGUAACCAGAGAUAACCCAUGCCCGAGAGCAUACUUCAGGUGCUCGUUUGCCCCAGCUUGCUCUGUCAAGAAGAAGGUCCAGAGAAGCGCGGAGGACGCGUCCAUGUUGGUUGCGACGUACGAGGGCGAGCACAGCCACGGCCAAUCCUCUCGUCCUGAAGCUCCGGACGCAUCAGGCCGCAGUGCUCCUGCACCACCGAGGCGGCCGCAGGAAGUAGAGCCGCCGAAUCCGCAGCGCAGUUUGGUGGAGCAGAUGGCUGUGUCCCUGACGAACAAUCCAGAUUUCAGAGCUGCUAUGGCUGCUGCCAUUUCCGGAAGGAUGUCUGAGACAUCUCCUCCUCCAACCAACAAGAGAAGAUAUUUCACUGUAAGAUCGGUUUCCUGAGGAGGCGAGAAAGGGAUGAUGAUGCUGAAAAGGAGGAGAAUCACAUCACACCAAAAGAAAUCCUCAUGGAAAUGCUGUAUUGAUGCAGCAUUUGAAGGAUCGUUUCAACUGCAACAGUAGAUAUGAGAAAACAUCAUUGAGGUCAUCUACUUGAUCUAACCCUUCAUGUGACUGUGAUCAGAGAAGGCUAUGUAUUCCUGUGCUCAAACAUUGUUGAAAGUUUCAUAUUGGAUGCUUAAUCUAAUGGUUUGGGAGUAAUGAUGAUUUCGA